UCGGGCCGGCGACCCCGUCGGUGACCCCUUGUCGUUGGAAGAAGCAGGAAGAAAGAGCGCCGUCACCAUGACGCUGACGAUUGACCAGAUCCUGUCGGAGACGAAGAAGCUGGUAGACCGGCUCCGAGACCACGACACGGCCGCGGACGGCCUGAUUGGUCAGGCUCAGGUCCUCAACAAGCGCAUCGACGCCAUGAAACAGUACCAGGAAGAUAUGAAUGAGCUGAAUGAAGUUGCCCGACACAAACCGCGAUCGACGCUGAUCCUCGGCAUCCAGCAGGAGAACAGGCAGAUACGGGAACUGCAGCAGGAAAACAAGGAGCUGCGGGUUUCCCUGCAGGAGCACCAGGCUGCCCUGGAGCUCAUCAUGAGCAAAUAUCGGGAGCAGAUCCUGAAACUGGUCGUCGCAAAUCGACUUGAGAAGCCCUGGACUAGACUUCAGCUGGCUGCAACGCCACAGGAGGUGCAAACGAAGAUUGAGAAGAUCUGUGAGAUGGCAGCUGUCAUGGCCAAGGCCGUUGCUAUGGACGAUGAGUAUGUUGCUAAGGAGCAGGAGAGAGUGGCACAGCUAGAGGUGGAGAACAAGGGUCUGCGGGAACUUCUGGAGAUCAGCACAAAGCUGAAGGUCACACACUCGGGUGAAGGUCGCAGGGAGGACAAGCCCCCUCCCCCGUAUGUCCCCCGACAGACCCACGUGCUUCUCAAAGACAAGGAGCCAACAGCAACAACUGUGCCUGACAGGACAGCCCAACCAAAGGGGCUACCUAGCAGGGAGGGGCCACCUAGCAGGGAUGGGCCGCCUAGCAUAGAGGAGGUACCUAGCAGGGAUGGGCCGCCUAGCAGGGAUGGGGUACCUAGCAUAGAGGGGCCACCUAGCAGGGAUGGGGCACCUAGCAGGGAUGGGCUGCCUAGCAGGGAUGGGCCACCUAGCAGGGAUGGACCACCUACCAGUGGUGGGCCACCUAGCAUAAAGGGGCCACCUAGCAGGGAUGGACCACCUAGCAGGGAUGGACCACCUAGCGUAGAGGGGCUACCUAGCAGAGAUGGGCCAACUAGCAGGGAUGGGGCACCUAGCAGGGAUGGGCCACCUAGCAGGGAUGGGCCACCUAGCAGGGAUGGGGUACCUAGCAGGGAUGGACCACCUAGCGUAGUUGGACCACCUAGCAGCGAUGGACCACCUAGCAGGGGCCACCUAGCAGGGAUGGGGUACCUAGCAGGGAUGGACCACCUAGCAGGGAUGGACCACCUAGCGUAG